UGCGCACGCCUCUAACAGUGUGUGUGUGUGUGUGUGUGUGUGUGUGUUUGCCUACCUCGACCAAGAGCCCAGAGCCUGAAUAACAGUAGGAGGAAAAUGGACGGAGUAGGUUCAUUUGGCGCUGGGAGAGCCGGGGCUGCUUUCGACCCUUUUGCCUUUAUUCAGCAGCCGCAGACCAUCCUUAGAAUAUUAUCAUGGAUCUUCUCAAUAGUGGUGUUUGGAUCCAUAAUAAAUGAAGGCUACGUCAACCACGGCAGCGAGAGGCUCUACUGCGUUUUCAACAAGAACAACGAUGCCUGCAACUAUGGGACCACCAUUGGGCUCAUAGCAUUUCUAGCCUGCAUUUUCUUCAUUAUCCUUGACGUGAAGUUCCAACAAAUCAGCAGUAUUAAAGACAGAAAGAAGGCAGUAAUGCUGGACAUUGGAUUUUCAGGUUUCUGGACAUUUUUGUGGUUUGUUUGUUUCUGCUUCUUGGCCAACCAAUGGCAACGCACCACCCCAGAUGAGCUGCCAUUAAAUCAGGGAGCGGAUGCUGCCAGAGCUGCCAUAACCUUCUCCUUCUUCUCCAUCUUCACCUGGGCUGGUUCGACUGUAAGAGCGGUGCAGAAGUACCUGCUAGGGACCGAUAUGACCCUGUUCACAACAGAGCACAUCGAUGGCAACCAACCCGUCCAGCCUUACCCCACCGUCACAAGCACCGAGCCCGGCGACACGUACCAGAGCCCACCCUUCACUGAAAACCUGGACCCCACCGGCCAAACCUACCAGGUGCCAAUUUACUGAAACGCUGCCGAGCAAGAGUCCAUGUGCGAUGUCAUUGGUUUAUCAUUGUGGGUGACUGGCACUGCUCUUCAAACUGAAGUGGUGUGACAAUGUUCAUAGGUAGUAGCGUUCUGUGAACUUCUGUACAAGAAUAUGUUGAUUGUGAUUUCACUUUCAUUUGGAAUAUUACAUGUUAAUUUAUCAGCUGGAGUGAAACUGAUUGAAGGGUAUCAGUGUUGUAUAAAAAUGAAAAAGGUUACGUUGCAUGUAUUAUAUUUAGAGAGCUAUAAAGUGCCAUGCAUCCUAAACAAUAACUUAUAUAUUCAGUUUCCAUUAUGUUGUUGGGUACUGUAUAUAAAGUGCAAUAUCUGAAACAUGGAAUCACCAAACUUUUUAACACGUUCUCCAACUAAAAGCUUACGAGAGGUGGUCGUCCAAAAAGAGGGUGAAGUUUCGCUGUAGAUAAGGGUGUCUUCUGUAUCAUAGGUGUGUAAAAAUGGUGUUGAUUCAAUGUUUGAUUUCGUGAAGUCUCUUAUGAGACAAAGCAAGAUUUGGGAUUGUUUUUUUUUUUUUUGUGGAUUUCGAAUAAAAAGUUUUUUUUUAUAUUUUGUUAGAGCCACAAUUCGUUCCAUUUUAAAAGUGAGGAAUACAACUAUAUAGUUAUGUAAAACAUUUAAUUGGCAUUUAAAAUAAACAUUUUUGAAGAAAAUGGCAUUUGAAACAUAUUUAAAUUAUUAUUCAUCAAGGACACAUUAGAUUAAUCAAAAAAAUCAAUUUCCAAUAAAUGCUGCUCUUUUGAACAAAUCACAGUUAUUACAAAAUAUUAAGCAGCACAACUGUUUCAACAUUGAUGGCAAUCAGAAAUGUUUAAAGGCUGUACUAAUGAUGCUGAAAAUUCAGCUUUGCCAUCACAGGAAUAAAUUACAUUUUAAAAUAUAUUAAAAUAGAAAACCAUUCAUUUAAUUUGUAAUAAUAUUUUACAAUAUUACUAUUGUAAUUUUGAUCAAAUAAAUGCAGCCUUGAUGAGCAUAAGAGACUUAAAAAAAAUACAGAGCUCAAAUAUUUGAACAGCAGUGUAAAUUGAAAAGUGAUGUGUUUGAGACACCCUUCAGAUAUUCAUCAGUUGGCUGUUGUUAAAAAAAAAGAAGCUGUUUGGUGACCAUCAUCACUGCUUUGUCUGAUAUGUGGUAGAUUUUGGUAAUGUUUCUGUGUUCAGAGAUAGGGCAACAUACAACAAUGAUAGUGAUUGUACUUCAAAACAUGUAAAUGAAGUAUGUUUGUGAAAGUGGUCAGGGUCUUGUGUUUCCUGUACUUAACUCUGCACUCUUUAAAAUGCCUCAUGGACCAAUAUUUCUAAUUUACUGAGGUAUGUUUUGCUGGAUCAAAAUUUGCACCUCUAAACAAGUAUAAUAGGCGAUGAAGAGAUGUGAAAUUAAAAGCCUUAUUUAAAUUUUGUAUUUGUACUCCUUUGAAGGACAAAGUGCAAAAUUUGCAUCAGUAAAAAAUGCCUUGACCUAGUCCAUGACUCUUUUAAAACACAUAGUACAUACUGUAUCUGCAGGCAAUAUAUGCCAUCUUGUGAUCGAAAGAUGUACACAAAAGAUUUGCUGUUGUCAGUUGGAAUGUCUUCGGACUGCAGUUGUCAGACAUUAUAAAAAUAAAGACAUGUUUUUUCAUGAGUGGAUCACC